AUGGAUAGCACGGACCCUUUCCUUCAAGUACAAGCAGACGUCCUAUCGACGCUGCAAUCCAGCAGGCCCCUUUUCUCCUCAUACCUCCGUAUCAGAUCUCUCGCCAAAUCGCCAUCAAAUCCAGAACUCCAACAAGCCCGCUCCGAACUCGAGGCUACGCUGACAGACUUAACCGCGGAUCUGGAUGAUCUCGUCGAGAGUGUCCGCGCAAUCGAGCAAGAUCCAUACCGGUAUGGCCUCGAAAUCGAAGAAGUCGCACGCCGACGGAAGUUAGUGGACGAGGUUGGAGAUGAGGUCGAGAAGAUGAGGGAGGAGUUGCAGAGGGUCGUCACAACUGCCGACACAGCUGGCGGGACCAGAGCAGCUACAGGCUCUACGUCGGGACUGCCCAAUCCGGCCGACUUUGACAAUGUCCUGUCUCCCUCGGCGGAUGAUCGAGGGGAUGAUUACUACGCUGCUCUUGAGCAGCAGCGGCAGAUGGAGCUGAUGCAUGAACAAGAUGAACAGCUGGACGGGGUAUUUCGGACCGUGGGCAACCUACGGCAGCAGGCAGAUGACAUGGGGAGAGAGCUGGAAGAGCAAACAGUCAUGAUCGACGAGGUCGAUACAUUGGCCGAUAGAGUUGGGGGCAAGCUGAGCGACGGGAUGUCACGGAUAAAGCACAUCGUACGGAAGAACGAAGCAGUCAACUAA